AUGGACGAGGCGACGACGCACGGCGAUGAGCCGCUAGCGACGCUGCUGCACUGCGACGUCGAGGUGCAAGCGCUUCUGAGCACGUUGGCCGAGCCCGUGACAAACAACGACAAGCUUCUUGUCGUCAAGAACACGCUUGCGCAGCUCUUGCACCAACUGCGCAUGGCGCCGCAUGUGACGACCGACAUUUGCGCGCAACACGGUGGCGAAGGCCGCCUCUUGCAGUGCAUUCAAGACAACGUGCAGCACUCGAUCCUGGUGUGCUUUUGCUUCGUCAUCAUCCGUCGCCUCUGCUCCGUCUCGGACGUGGCGCUCGACACGUUCUUGUCACAAGACGUCCUGGGUGUCGUCGCCAACGUCAUGGUUCUAUGCCCCCAAGACGCCGUGCUUCAGGCCUCGGCGUGCGGUGUCUUGGCGACGUUUGCGCGCGGCGCCGGCCUCGACCGCAUGCUGCAGCUGCAGUUGGCCCAGCUGAUUCUAACCGUCUUGCUCUUGCACCAGCCGCUCAACCACUAUUCGCGUCAAGUCCACUACUAUGCAUGCGAAGUCCUACUGCGGCUUGCCGAUACCAGCGACAAGCGCGUGCUCGCGCUCAUGAGCGCCGUCGAUGCUACGAACGGCUCGACCGCCAUGCAUUUGCUCGUCAUCUUGCUUCGCCAAGGCCACCAGCACGAAGAUCAAAAGGUGGCCUGCGCCGCCUGCACCCUAGUUCUCUGUUUGGCGGCCAAGGACCGAAAAUGUGCCGAGGUACUGCGCGCGACCGAAGCGCUCACAGAUAUUUCGACAGUCAUGGCCAAGUACCCCAACGACAAUGGGAUAUCGCACUAUUCGACCGUCGCGACGCGCGAGAUUGCCCUGGCAACCAUCAAGACCAACGGCCCGACCAAGGUCCAUGAGAAAGCUGCAGCGAUCCUCUCGACGUCCUCGACGACCGCGGCGCCGUCGAGCCACACUGCUGUCAUGGCACCAUCGAGCUCCAAGAAGCAGCUGCUCAAGCCGCCGACGCCAACCAAGAAGAGCCAGGCGUUUUCGCGCAACAGCAUUGCGCCCGCGCCUAAACUCAGUGCCAACGUGAACGCGAGCUUGAGCAAGAUGCAAGUCAUGGCACGCAUGACGUCGCCCCUUGGAAAUGCAGCGUCGACCGUGGUGGCGUCCAACCCGGUGCGGACGCCGCUCAAACCGUCGAGCCCCGACCGGCUCGUCAAGCACCACCGGUUCAUUCCGUUUGAAGACAAGCUCGAGUGGCGACUGCUGCAAGCGACGCCCAAGAAGACAGUGCCGAUGCCAUCGCCCAGCGCGCGCACGGUUGAGCGCGAGAACAUCCUCAUGCAGACGUACGGUGUCUCGACGUUGCGCGAGAUGCAUUUUCCGCCGUCCAAAGCAGCGUACGCCAAAGAAAAGUCGUCGCCAAAAACAAAGCCAGCGACGCCGCAGUCGCCACGCACGAGCUCCCCACCAAAGACAUUUGGCUCGCCAGCGGUAUCGGUCCGCAGCAGCCCGCGACCGCCCAAAGUGCAGCCCACACGAGUUGCCCAAGAGCCGUCGACAGUGGUUGCUAAGCCCGCGUCGGGGCGCCCACCCAAGGAGCUGCCUCGGGCGGCACGACAGCCCAUCGUCAAGUACAAGGUUCAGAUCGACGCCAAGCCGACGACGACCGAGACGACGCGGGCACCAAAGUCGACGACAAAGAAGAAGCUCAAGACGCUGACCGUGCGGCAGCAGUCGCUUCAAAAGAUCAACCACCAAGAGAUUUUGGACCAGCGGGCAAUGAACCAGCUCGCGGCUCAGCUCUUUCAUGAGCCAGCGUCGCCGGUACUGACGCCGACAAGUGCCGAGACAAAGCCGCCCGAGACAGGCCGUCGCAGCUUCUCGGACAAGCUCCACGAGAUGAUUCGAACGGCAGAGGAAGCGCUCUGUCGACCGCCCAGCGCGACCAACGUGCUCGCGGUGCGUGCUGCGACACCGCCGAGUCUUCAGUUUUCCGCGGCCGAGAUCCCGCCCAAGCCCACGACCCCCAAGCCACCGGUCGUGCCCAAACCGGCGACGCCAGAGCCCGACACAUUUUCGGUCGCAGGGCUCGGACGGCGAGGAUCAAACUCGAGCUCGAGCUCCAACAUGCUCGAAAUGCGCCGAAACUCAAUGGAGCGCCGCGCGUCGAUUCAGAGCGACCGCCGGAAAUCACUGGACCGUGGUCUCUCCAACGCGGAGCUACACCCAGCGUCUCACCCCGACCUCCACCCGACAUCCAACAACGCCGAAUCGCAACCGACGUCCAGUGAUAGCGGACAAGACCUACAGGGCUACGUUGCGUCGUUGGACCUGAAACCGGUCUUGCACCCAAUGGAUGCCUUUGGCACAUCCCGGUCGGCCCCGGCAAUGGCGCAGGAGCCAACGAUCCCGACCGACCGGACGGCGGUGAGCGAGCACCCGAUGCAUUUGGAUAUGGAGACGCCGCGCUUCGACGCUGAAUUGGAGCUUCUGCACAACGACGACAUGCCAGAGUCUGCGCGCGAGAGCGAGGAUGGCGCCAAAGACGAAGGCGCCACAUUGGAAGACAACGUUGCCGUUGCGGGGGCGUCGGCAAGCGGCGGCACCGAGACCGUGCUAGAUACGUCGGCACCGGACGACGACGGCGACUAUAACGACGACGAGUUUGAAGAAGCCGUCAAUGAAAGCGGCGAUGCGUCCGAGCCACCGGUCGACGCCGAUGCAUGCGCUCCCGAAGUCGAUCACGAUACACCGCGGUCGGGCACAUCCGUGGACGAGCUUGAUUCACAGCCCCUCGCAGACGUCGACGAGCCCCCCACCGAUGUGAUCGAGCCCCCCGCAGACGUCGACGAGCCCCUCGCAGAUGUCGACGAGCCCCUCGCAGAUGUCGACAAGGCUCUGGAAGUGGAUGAGACGGUACCUGGCGGGUCGAAACAAAAUGAAGUACCUGCAGCCGCGUCAGUGCAUCAAGAAAGUGAAGCAGAGUAUACUUGCGAUGACAGUGCUGUCAACUCGGCUUCAGUGCUGGAAUCCACCGAGACGCCGACAACUGAGCGAGACACCGCCGAGAGCACCGACGAGCAGGCCGGUGGGAGCCUCACGCAGCCCGACAUAGCAGCCACCGAUCCCAAAGUGGAACCCUCGCGUGCUGGCUUUGAUGCGCCAGUCGUGGAGCCAGAAAGCGUUUCGUCGGAAGCCAAUGUCGACGACAGCUCGUCAGAGAAAGCAACUGGUGUGCAUGCAACGCCACGCAGCGACCUGCAAGGUGUGCCCGCAGAACCGAGCGACGCAGCCUCGGGUGACGACAAAUACGCGCCGUGCACCGACGAUCCAGUGCCGGCGCCGACGGCUUCCAUUGAAGCAAAUCCAGCGCUAUUGGAGGCAACGACGGAAGUCGUCGCGGAGGGUACCGACGUAGCACCGAACGACGCCUCCGAUCUUGCGCCAAGAGAAAUGACCGCCGAGUCGGUGACAGAGAGUAUCGAUGUACCAGCGCCCGAGGCUGGCGUCAGUGACAGCCAACGCAUCGAUGUCGAUGCACAAGCAGCAGACGACGACACCAAAGUUGCGUCCGACGUCGUUGCUCGUGCGCCUGUCGCCACUGUCUUGGCCGUCGACACACCAUCCAACUUACCCCCCGAGAUUGAAUACGAAGAGGAAGUGUGGGCCGACGACAUCGAAGAUGGCGACGUCACAGCUACAACGAGCGACGCCGUGUCCAUACCAAGUUUCGACGAUACGCCGGCGCCAAAGAGCUCGGCGGGAAGCGAUCCCUCGACGGACGCUGCUGUGUGUGGCCAAGAUGGCAUUGCUCAUGAGGACAAUGCAGCAACCCAUGCGCACGAUAUGGCGCCAUCAGUGCUGGCGAGCGUCGGCACAGUGUCUCCAAACGAUCGUAAUCCGGAUAGCGCUCUGAGUGAAGCCGCGCCAGUCCCGAGGGAUGCAAGCCUACUUACAAGCGACGACGCACCAGUCGCUGUCGAAACCAUUAUUACAAAUCCGCCAAGUCCUCGCGCUGAGAGCGCUGAGAUCUCAACGCCUCGUUUCGAGCCCGUCGACGUGGCCCCGGCAGGCGUCAUACCAAACGACGCUGACGGAGCGCCAUUGGUCGCCCCCGACUCUCCAUUGAACGCCGAAGCACCGACACACGUGGUGGUAUCCGCUGCCAACACGGAGCCAACGACCGAUGUUUGGGAGGGCGAUGAGUACGUACCAAACGACGCGGCGGUGGACGAAGUAUUGGCAGGCCUCGUCGACGACUACGACAAGGCAUCGUCGACCGCAUCACUGGCGGACAACCCGCGUUUCGACAGCGAAUUCGAGGUUGACGACAGCGCCGCACCGACGACCUCCGAGCCUGAAGCACCGACAGUGGUGGCUGUCGUGGACCCUCCGCUCACCGCCCGGGAACCAGCGUCCGAGAGUGCAGCAUCGCCGGAACCCGUCGUUUUGGAGUCGGUGGAGAAGGCUACACCACCGCUGGUCGAUGACCCCGCGCUCGUGUCCGAACCGUCCACACCACUCGUUACCAACCGCAUGGACGAGGCCGAGACAACGUCGCUACAAGCUGGAGGCGAGCAUACGCUCUCUACCACGUCGCUGGACGAGACCGAGCGCUUUGAGAGUGACUUUGAGCCCGUGGACGAUGUCGUGGUACCCAGCAACGUCGUGACGGAGACAGGGUCGCUGCAAAACCCGGAAGAGCUGGAACUGCUCGCAGUUUCGACGGACGUCGCGGCACCGAAGUUAGAGGCGGCCCAAGAGGUUACCAAAUCCAGCAACGCCAGCGACGAAGCACCGGCACUGCAGCUGCAACCGACGUCGUCGACAGCGUCGCUUGAGGACUCGACGCGAUUUGAGAGUGACUUUGAAGCGGACGACGCACCACCCGAUGCAAAUGUCGCGCCAGUCCAAGAGGUGGCGACGCUGUUGGAGAAGGAGAGCCCUAUGAAUGUACCGUCCAGCACACCAGAGCCACCAGAGACUGCAGAGAGCGAGCUACUGCCGAGUGCGACGACGACCACCUCGGCCGCGGCAGAGAUGCCUAGCUCCGACGCAAUCACCGCCGAUCCCGUCGAGGAUACCGUACCCCGCCCUACCCCGUCGGUGACACCCGAUCAUUGCGAAUACGAAGAAGAGUAUUUUGCCGAGUAUGACGACGCACCGGUGACACCCGAUGUCGCACGUGCCAGCACCGAUGCCGAGGUUGAUGCAGCGGCCGACCCGAUGGCACCUGUGGAGAUGCCGCCUUUGACCCUUCCCACACCUCGUGAUGAGGAGGCAAGUCAAGACGAAACGGCGCGCUCACCACAACACCAUCCAGGCGUGGCGUCCGAGCCAGCUCUUGCGGAUCUACCGACGCCUCGACCGACAACAGACGCUGGGGCCAUCAACUUUGAACCCAUCAACGCUACAGCCUCGAUCAAAGCCACCAUUAUUCCCAGUUCAACCAGCGCAACCGACGAUGCAGUCCACAACGAUGUCUCUGCGCCUCCUCCAUGUGUCUCUGCAGACCCGGUGCUCAAAGCCGUUGCGAGUCCAAGAGCCGUCGCUCCGCCCGACGCAGAAGAUGCUGUGCCGGAGCUCUCCGCAUCCGCACGUGUCGACGAUUCCACCCCAAGCUCCGUCACAUCAGACACCUUACCAAGUGCGCGACCUGUCGACGUGCCGGCUCUUGCGUUGCUAAGCCCGUCGCUCGAUUCGGCGGCUACCAAAGUGUCUUUACCAUCACAAACCAACGUGCCAACUACCACGCCACGGCCUCCGCCGGAAUCGUCAAGGAUACCCGCACCGCCCACCACCAACGACGACGUCCAAGCCGACGACGACGACGAUGACAAUGCGUACGCCGACGACGACGACUAUGGCGACGACGACUUUGAAGACUAG